UUGCCGGGUGUGGAGGGGGGGAAGCUCGGCGUCUGUCUCCGUCCUGUCCUGGCCGCCGGAGCCCCGGCAAGCAAAUGUAAGUCGGUUGCUGCAUCUGUUGGUUUAUUGUACACGGACAAGAGCGCGCUAACGUACGCCGGACCGCGCCCACCCCCCGGGUUACGGAUCCACUGCCCGGACUCUUCCUCCGGUUCGGGAGAUGGAUGGGUCGGAAUACAUUGUUAAGGUGCUUUCGAGGUUUCGAAUGGGUGAUUUCCCCAACUUGUUGAAAUCCUGGGAUAUUUUGUCUGAAAGACAACUUCAAAGCGUGGAAUUCACCAGAAACACAAGAAAGGACCUAAUUUUGCAGUUAGCUGCCCUUUGCAAGAAUAUUGGAGUAACUCUCACACAAGUUGCAGAUUUAGAAAUUAUUUAUAAUUGUAGGUAUCCUCAAAAAAGAAGAUGGGGUACCUAUCAAAUGUUUAAUUCAAACGGUGUAGAAGAAGCAACAUUAUUUGACUUUGACGUCUUCAGAAAGAAGUUUAAAAAAAAUCUCGAAAUGCUCAUAAGAAAUAUCAUGGUUAACAUCGUAGAACAUGGGGACGCUGUCUGGAUCAGAAUUGCUUGGGGUAAACGACAUUCCCCACCUAACCAGCAAAGAGCUUCAUUUGCAGUCUACUACCCACAGACUCCUUAUGUUUUCAUGGCUAAUCUUGCUGCACAGUUCAGAGUGUAUGUUUCUCAGGCUCUGGUUGUUGCAACUGAACACGACAUGCUCAAGGAGUUGGAUCUUCGAGGUCAUUGCUUGUAUUCCCUCCGAGAUAUCGCUUUUAAAAGAUUUAACCCGGCGCUAUGUGUACAUCACAGGAAACCUCUACAACAGCUAAACUCCAGCCAGGACUCUGCACAAGAUGAGAGGAUAUCUGUAGAACAUCUCAGAGAGAAAGAAGAGGCCAAAAGAUUAACGACGGCAGCAUUUGGAGAAGGAUCACUACCAACACUGGAGGUGGUUCACUACAGGCUGCAAACUGCCUUUAGGGAUGAACGCAACACAGAGACUUUAUCAGACAGAAAUAAACCAUUCCGUUGUGUGGCAAAAUUUUCUAGUCCAAAUGUUCUUGAGUCAUUGAGAGCACUACCAGAAUUGGGGAUUGCUGAUGUUCCCAUUUCAACCAUGUUCAGCAGCAUACCAGAAAAGGGGAAAAAUUAUUUCAAGAUAACAGACAAAAGGACUGCUGGGCAUAAUUCAUCAGCCCCUUAACUCUGGUUUAAGUCCAAGGGUAUUCUGUAAAUACUUGUAUGUUUCCAAUGGAAAAAUCUGUUCUCCUGUGUUGUAAUAUGCCUUUUGAUAGCCCCUGUGUGUUAACCAAAAUUUUGCACAUCAUGAAUUAAGUGAAUAUUUUGAAAUUAAUAACCUGAGGAAAGCAGUUCAUGGAUUCCUUUUUACUGGCGUAAUGUUUCUUGUGGGAACAGUUUAUUCAUUUGAAGGCAAGGUUUUUUCCCCUACUCUUGGGUUCCCCUUGGCACAAGCAAGAUAGUGUGGUAUUUAGGUUAGAGGUAAAUAGCCCAUUGAAAUAACUGUUCAGACUGGGUGUGUAAUAGUGCUUGUUCCAGGUUCGAGGACCUGUCAUCAUAAUCAUUCCCACCCCAAAGGAGUAACAUUUGUUACUGAUAUAAACUUUAAUUAAAUGAUUGCCUUGUAGUUCAUAGCGCACUAAUCAUUCUAGAGACUUAAGCACAAAAAUCUAGGCAGACAUGUCAGUGCAAUGCUAUGCGAGUUAUGUAUUGUUUGGGGUGCCUUCUUUUAAAUAAAACUAUAAACAGAAUCUGGGCUCAGCAAAUGGAAAAGAUCCCGUGGCUGCUCUUUUGAGAAAUACUGGGGAAUAAUUCCCAGUGGACGAGCUAACCCCUCACUUAUCAGCAUCACUUUUUUUU